AGUACUCCUGCUUAUCGUCUUCCCCAAAUUCGCCGCGUUUUCCAUCUCUGCAGCCGAAGCACUUUGCCUCUAACUCAGAGAAACAAUGGUUAAGCAUAACAAUGUUAUUCCAAAUGGCCAUUUCAAGAAGCAUUGGCAGAACUAUGUGAAAACAUGGUUUAACCAACCUGCCCGCAAAACAAGGAGAAGAAAUGCUAGACAGGCAAAGGCUGUUAAAGAUUUCCCAAGGCCUGCUGGAAAGCUUCGUCCUCAGGUUCAUGGACAAACCUUGAAAUACAACAUGAAACUUAGGGAGGGCAGAGGAUUUUCUCUUGAAGAGCUUAAGGGUGCCGGUAUUCCAAAGAAACUUGCUCCAACCAUUGGCAUUGCUGUUGACCAUCGUCGCAGGAACCGUUCACUGGAGGGUCUGCAAGCCAAUGUCCAGAGGCUAAAAACAUUCAAAGCCAAGUUGGUUAUCUUCCCAAGACGUGCAAGGAAAAUGAAGGCUGGUGACUCGACCCCAGAGGAGCUUGCAAGUGCCACCCAGGUUCAAGGACCAGUGUUGCCAAUUGUUAGGGAGAAGCUAGCACCCGAAUUCGUGAAGGUUACAGAUGAGAUGAAAUCAUUUGGUGCUUAUGCGAAACUUCGUGUUGAGAGGACCAACAAACGUCAUUUGGGUGCUCGACUCAAGAGGGCUGCUGAGGCAGAGAAGGAAGAGAAGAAGUAAGAGGUUUGAUUAAAGCAGUUUUGGAUAUGGUUUUGUUUGAAACUUCAUAUUUUAGUUAUUGUAACUGGGAAUGGGAUGAUGAUGUUAUUUCCAGUUUGUUACAUGUUCAUCAACUGAACCAAGCCUUUAUCUUUUACCCAUUUGCUUCUCAAAUCCAACUGAACCAUGCUAUUAUCUG